CAGAGGUAGUCGGAGGAAGAAGAAACGAUGACAACCGUCGGAUAUAACAUCCCUCUUGAUCUGACGAUCGAGAUACUGCUAAGGUUACCGGCGAAAUCUCUCUUCAGAUUCAGAUCAGUGUCGAAGACAUGGUGUUCCACCAUCGUCAGCCGACAAUUCGCCGACGCAUUCAUGCACCUGUCUCUGUCUCGACCUCGGCUUCUCCUUGCUUUCAACAACUGCGAUGACAACCAAUUGUUGUUUUUCUCCUUAGCUCAUCAAAGUUGUGAUCUUUCAUCGUCGUCGUCAGUGUUAGCCGCCAAAGAAAACACCUUUGACACUUCCCAAAGUCAGAUCUAAUGAUUGCAUCAUGCAGAGUAACUCUGUCCGUGGGUUCGUCUGUUGUACCAUGGAGCGUCGUUUCGUGGUAUGUAAUCCAACCACAACACAGUUCAUAGUCUUACCUGAAGACUAUAACCCUAUCCGUCGUUGUGAGGAUUUUUAUGUGUACUUGGGAUACGACCCAAGCAACGAUGAAUACAAGGUUUUGCGACUGGAGAUGGCGGAAUUCUCUGAUACACCUAUUGAACACAGUGUAUGCACGUUGGGAGGUGGUUCUGGUUCUUACUCGUGGAGGCGCAUCAAAAGCAGUAUCCUUUAUUAUUAUUGUUAUCAUAAUGGAGUAUGCAUUGAUGGGGUUGUGUAUUACGAGGCUAACUUGGAUCCAGAUUAUACUACUUUGGUAGUGAGUAGUUUUGAUGUUGCGUCUGAGCAGCUGCGUGUCAUUGAAACACCCGAAAUUAUGGUUGUAACUAGCCUAACAAACUACCUAGGCAAGUUAGCUGCGUACGAUUUCUCUGAAGACAUUACUUGUUUUGUUUUGUGGGUUCUUGAUGAUGGUGAGAAUCAAGUUUGGUCAAAAAAGAUGUGUGUCUUUUCCUCUUUCACCCGUUCAUUGCUCUUGGAUUUAAAACUGCACUUUGUUGGGGUGACUGCUGCUGGAGAGAUCGUCUAUGUUCCAGAUUUGUUUACUCAUCCUUUCGAGCUUCUCUUCUACCAUGUAGAGAAGAAGCUGGAAAGAAGAGUUAGAGUUGAAGGACUCGUAGGUGAUGUGGUUAGGAGUUGUACUUCUAGAAAAAGUCUUUGUUUUGCCUCUGUCUCAUGUUGUUACUUUGACAAUCUUAACUAUUUGUAGUUUUAAUUUAAAAGGGUUGUUCUAUUCAGUCUCCCUCUCUUUGUUUUUUCUAGCAAAAGUUGUUCAGUCUUCCUUUUAUUAUAUUACAUAGCUGUGUACCAAAAGUUGAUGAUUUUUGUUUAUUUUAUCAAAAGCAAUGCAAUACUAGACUUGUGUGGGAACUGGGAACAGAACCAUAGCUGCAGGUUCUGACUGGAAUUUUUGUUGAGUCUUGGAAACAACAGGAUUAUAUUUAUAUAUGACCUUGUAUACAACUGAUCAAUGCUUUAGCCUUCGUAUUUGAUGAUGGAGUUAACUUUGGAGCAUCCGAUUUUGGUUACACCGCAGCUUCAUUUUGUGUUUGCUCUUCCUCUCAUCGACUCUUGGUUUCAUUGGACUUUAGUUUGGUCUUACUAUCUACAUGAGUCUUAGAGCAGCCGUUGGAUUCUGGCGGUAAAAAUAUGUGAAACUCUCUGUUUCUUGUACUUAAAAAGGAACAUGGUCUUUUCUUAGGAGCUGAAGUUGAAGGGAUGAGCAUGUUCUAGUAUGAGAGUGAGUGGUUUCGAUGUUGGGUCCGAGCAGCUACGUCUCAUUAACACACCUAGAAAUGUUGCUGGUGUCCUAACAAACUACCUUGGGAAGUUAGCUGCGUAUGAUUCUAUUGAUGAUGGUUUGUUUUGUUUUGUGGGUUCUUGAUGAUGUCAAGAAUCAAGUUUGGACAAAGAAGACUUAUGUCUUUCCUUCUUAUACCACUUUAAUGUUGCGGGGCUUUAACUUCGCAGGGAUCACUGUUGCUAGAGAGAUCGUCUAUGUUCCACACUUCUUUUCUGAUCCUUUUGAGCUUUUCUGUUACGAUGUAGAGAAGAAGAUGGAAAGAAGAGUUGAGUUGAAGGACUCGUAGAUGAUAUUUAUGAUGGUGUUAGUUGUUCUACUUUCAAACCUCGUUGUCGUACCUUUCUAUUAUGCUCCUAUGUCGACAAUAUUAUCUAUUUGUAGCUUUUAUUUAACGGGAUUGUUGGCGUGACCACUGUCUUCUGACUCUUUCGAGCUUCUCUGUUACUACUAUGUAUAGAAGAGACUUA